AUGCGCCUCACCCCCCAUCUUCUCCUCUUCGCCCUCCCCACAGUGGCAAUAGCCCUCCCAACAUGGGGCCGCUUCCUGAAUAACACCGGCAGCACUACAACCGUCAACAAGAACAUCACGAACACAAUCAACAAUAUCACGAACACAAUCAACAACAUCACGAACACAAUCAACAACAACACCACCAACAUAGUCAACAACAACAUCACCAACACAGAUAACAGUAAAAGCACGCACAUCGGUGAAGCAGAUAACAUCCACAAAAGCAUCGAAGGCGACAAUAACAUCGACUCAUCGAGUACAGAAACAAGUAUAAGCACAAGUAUCACCCACGACGACCAUUCCGUGUCGAACGAUUACGCGCCGACGAAUUCGAGUGAUUCGCGCGAUUUGUCGGUCAAGGAGAGCAAUAAUAAAGAUAAUAGUAAGAGGCCGAUGCUUAUCGGGAGUUUGUUGGACGGCGCGAAUGUUACGGUGGAGCCUUUGACGGGGGAUUCACCUGCUGCAUCAAGAGCAAAGGAAGGGAAAAUACAAAGUUCUUGGAUUAUCGUAGGAUUUUGUAAUGCGCCGUGA